AUGGCAUCAAGGAGAAUGGAGACCAAACCAGUAAUAACCUGCCUCAAAACACUCUUGAUCGUUUAUUCCUUCGUGUUUUGGAUCACGGGGGCGAUCCUUCUGGCGGUGGGAUUAUGGGGGAAAUUUAUGCUGGGUCCGUAUAUCUCUCUGAUCGCUGACAACUCCACCAACGCUCCCUAUGUCCUCAUCGGCACCGGCACCACCAUCAUCGUCUUCGGGCUGUUCGGCUGCUUCGCCACCUGCCGCGGGAGCCCAUGGAUGCUCAAACUGUAUGCCAUGUUUCUGUCCCUUGUGUUCCUGGCAGAGUUGGUUGCUGGCAUCUCCGGCUUCGUUUUUCGUCAUGAGAUCAAGGGAACUUUUCUGAGGACGUAUAAUGAGGCAGUACUGAACUACAAUGCUCAGGAUGAGAGGAGUCUUGCGGUGGAUAAUGUUCAGAGAAGCUUGCGUUGCUGUGGAGUGUUAAACUACACCAGUUGGUUCAGCAGUGUGUAUUUCCCCGCUAACGGCAUCCCUCCAAGCUGCUGCGCCAACACUUCUGACUGCAACUCAUCAGACCUGCGCAAUGCUACCAUAGCCCCCAGCAAGGUCCACCAGCAGGGUUGCUAUGAGCUGGUGACUUCCUUUAUUGAGACUAACAUGGGAAUCAUUGCUGGAGUGACAUUUGGGAUCGCUUUCUCACAGCUGAUUGGUAUGCUGCUAGCUUGCUGCCUGUCACGGUUUAUCACUGCUAAUCAGUAUGAGAUGGUGUAG